AAUCCGCCUAAAGUUCCCUGGUAGCUGCGUGGCAGCAUUUUAACACGUGUCCAAAUAAUGAGUGGUCCUUAGCCCUCGCUCCUAAGUACGGUGCCACAGGCGGCAUCAGUAAAGAGCCUCAGCAGCGUCCCUGCGCUUCUUUCUAACUCGGCCCGUUUACACACGGUGCUGGGUGCCGGCGGCCCUGUUUCCCCAACGCACCCAGUGCUGGGCGGCGCGCCUGGAGCGGAGCAGCAGGGCCAGAAAUGUCAAUCUCUAUUUGGAAAGGUUUACUCCAAACGACAAAGAGUAGACUGUUCGUGCAAAGAGGUGUGUCGCUUUACAAUGGCACCCAUGGCUUUGAGGAAGAAGAGAUAAAGAAAAAACUUCAGCAGUUUGGUGGUGGAGCCAUCAACCUUUCUAAAGAAGACAAUGGCAUUGGAGUCCUCACCUUAAACAACCCAAAGCUAAUGAAUGCAUUCACAGGCACUAUGAUGCUAGAACUCCAGGAGAGGGUAACUGAACUGGAAAAUUGGAAGCAUGGGAAAGGCCUUAUCGUCCAGGGUGCCAAAAACACUUUUUGCUCAGGAUCUGAUUUGAAUGCUGUCAGAGCAAUGUCCAGCCCACAGGAUGGGAUGAACAUGUGUAUGUUUAUGCAAAACACCUUAACUAGACUGAAGAGGCUUCCUCUUAUUAGUGUUGCAUUAGUUCAAGGAAAAGCUCUGGGAGGUGGAGCAGAACUUACCACAGCAUGUGAUUUCAGGUUAAUGACUCCAGGAAGUGAGAUUAGGUUUGUCCACAAGCAAAUGGGUUUAGUACCAGGCUGGGGUGGAGCUGCCAGGCUCGUACAAAUCGUUGGCAGUGGACCUGCCCUGAAGCUGCUAAGUGGUGCUCUUAAAGUAGAUCCUGAGAGAGCAGUACAGCUUGGACUGGCUGAGGAAACUUUGCUGUCUUCAGAAGAAACCAGAUCUUUAGAAGAAGCCCAAGUGUGGCUAAAUCAGUAUACAAAGGGUCCAGCUGAAGUGAUUCAUGCUGUGAAAAAGGUGAUUGCAGCUGGCAGAGAACUACAAUUUGAAGCUGCCUUACCAGCAGAGAAGGACAUUUUUGGAACACUCUGGGGUGCGCCUGCCAAUUUGCAGGCCUUGGCUCAAAGCACAAAACACAAAUGAUUAAUUGUCAAUUCACAAAAAAGUUUUGAUCUUUUGCAAACAAAACUGUUGCUAAAGCAGAUGUUAAUUUGAACUAUUUAAGAAUUUGUUCAUUUAACUGGGUGCUAAUACAGCUGGUCCCUAACUUAUGGCCACCUCUACUUAUGACCAAAGUGGUCGUAAAUGCAGGCUCCGAGUUAUGAAUGCGACCGGCACUUACAAACAGCACGGUUGCAAUGUAACUCAGCGGCUUCUGAGUUACAGCCAAGCGUUUGGUCUGUAAGACUCAUAACUCGGGGACCGGCUGUAUUUCCAGCUUGCAUAUCAUAGAACUAUAGUUGGUGUGCCAUGAUGGAGAAAUCCCCGUGGGUCCUUUGCUGUUCUAAUCACAGGUAGAAUGGAGAUCAGUGAAAUUAAAGGUAAAUACUUUGCUGGAAACUGAACUGUUACCCUCUCAGAAGGAGGUUGAAGACACUAUUCUUGUUUUGAAUUGUUUACUUGAAGGGGCUAGGUUGACUGUACUAUAAAUAAAGCCUAUUCAAACUGCA